GAGCGCUAGUAGUGAAUAGAUAACACUGUUGUCAUUGUUAUUGUUGAUACUCUAUUCUUCUAUUUUUUACUCUACUUUUAAACUAUGAUGAAGAACACAAUAAUUAAUGACAAUGAUGGCAACAACUAAUGAAUUUGGUCCUGAUUCUGGUGGUAGAGUUAAAGGAGUUACAAUAGUAAAACCAAUUGUAUAUGGUAAUGUAGCUCGAUAUUUUGGUAAAAAAAGAGAAGAAGAUGGACAUACUCAUCAAUGGACUGUAUAUGUUAAACCAUAUCUUAAUGAAGACAUGUCCACAUAUGUUAAAAAAGUACACUUUAAAUUACAUGAAAGUUAUAACAAUCCCAAUCGUAUUAUGACUAAACCACCUUAUGAACUCACUGAAACUGGUUGGGGAGAAUUUGAAAUAGUUAUUAAAAUAUAUUUUCAUGAUCCUAAUGAACGUCCUGUAACCAUAUAUCACAUAUUAAAACUCUUUCAAACAACACCUGAAAUACAAUUGGGAAAAAAAAGUUUAGUAUCUGAAUUUUAUGAAGAAAUAGUUUUUCAAGAUCCAACAGCUUUAAUGCAACAUUUAUUGAAUUCUAAUAGACCUAUAACUCUUGGUGCUUGGCGUCAUAAUACAGAUUUUGAAGCUAAAAAGGAAUCUACAAUGAAAGCAAUAAUAGAAGCAAGAAAUAAAAUAAGAUUGGAAGUCAUAGAUCUUAAGGAAAAAUUGACAUUAGCAAAGGAAACAAUUGCUAAAUUCAAAGAAGAAAUUGCUAAGAUUUCUAAAGCUGGUGGAAGUUUGUCUGUUGCAUAAUUUAAACAUUAAAAAAGUUUUCUAAAUGUAUUAUAGUAUAAAGAUAAUAAAAAAAGCACAAUAGUUUUUAUAAUUAAUAUAUAAUAUAG